AUGGGAAACUCAAAAUCUUUAUUAAACAAAGAGAAGAAGAACCUUGAAUCUAAAUCGAAAAAGAUCUUACAAACCAAAUCGUCUUCAAAACAGAAUCAGAUAAAUUCAAGAAAGUUUCAUGAAACUGAUGAAGAUUCCGAUACCAUUAGGGAAGAUGAGUUUGGUGAUAGGCAUUUGUUCCUUCAAGAUCUUUUUGAGUGUAAAUUCUCUGUACCGAUUGACAGUGAAUUAUUAAAUGGGGAAGCAAAAAUUUUAGAUAUUGGGUUGACAUUUGGAUUAGUCCAAGCAAAUUUCUCGGACUUAGUCCAAAAUAUUUGUUCAAAUGUCCAAAGAAAAUCUAUCCAAGCUAUAGUACUGCUAAGAGCAAUUGAUACUUGGAUUAUUAGUCAAGAUUUUAGUUUUGGACAUUUGGAUUUGAACUUGGAUCAAUCUAAUCCUUGGACAUCUUGGAUCACUUUAUGUGGCUCAGGUCGAUGGAUUCUUGAGAUGGCAAAUGAAUAUCCAUUAUCUCAAUUCUUCGGCAUAGAUAUAGUAAAUACUUAUCCAACAGUUUGUCCAAAAAAUGUUAAAUUCGAAACCAGAAAUAUACUCGACGGAUUAACAUUCGCUGAUAAUUCUUUUGAUCUGGUGCGCAUUGCAUUAAUGAUGACAAGUCUUAAUGAACACGAAUAUUACGAGGUCAUAUGUGACGCAUUAAGGGUUUUAAAACCGGGUAAAUAUAUAGAAAUUAUAGACUUUCUAUUACCGUUACAAAAUCUCGGACCUAAUCACAAGACGAUUUAUGAUGCUUAUGAAAGUCUAUAUACUGCACGCGGCAUAAACAUGAGGAUAGCGUGGAAACUCGAAAGCAUUCUCGAGACUACCAAACAAAUCAAAGACAUAAAGACAAUGACACGUACAGCACAAAUGGGUCUAUCGGGAGGAAAGGUUGGACAAUUACUCCAUGACGUUAUCAAUAGUACUUUCUUUGAUAUGUUCAAAAUAGGUGUCGCUGCCAUUGUGGGCAUGAGUUUUGAACAAUUUGAAAAUACUUGGCAAACCUCUCUACAAGAGAUGGUUGAACACGAGACUUUCGGUGUUAUUAAGAAAGCUUGGGGGAAGAAAUGUGUGGCAUGA